AUGAAAAUAGACAAUACGCUUAGUAAAUCGAUGGAAAUUGUUCUUCGAAUUUUUGGCAUUUGGCCGAAUUCGUCGUAUAUUUGGUUACGCAGAUUAUUUUGGACAAUUGCGGUCAUGAUGGAACAAGUUCUUGAAUAUCGAUGGGUCGUUACACAUUUCUAUUCUGUAGAGUCUUUCGAAGUGAUGAAAAUUUUAAGUGAAACAAUGACAUACACGAUAAUGUUAAUUAAACUCAUUACUUUUUGGGUUAAACAGCGAACAUUUAUCAAAAUAUUAACGAUGAUGGCAACCGAUUUGGAAAACCGUACUACCGAUGAAGUUAGUAUGAUCACGAUGACAUACUAUGCAAAUCUAUCUCGACGUUUGAAUAAUGGGACAAUCGUCAUUUAUACGAUGUCUAUAUUGUUUAACUGUAGCAAUCUUUUCGCGAAUGAUGAGAAAGCUUCUAAUUCUUCCACGAAACCGCUCAUUUUGACCAUGGAUUUACCAUUUGAUCUUAACCAAACAUUGAUAUAUUGGCUUAUCAUAAUUAUUCAAUUUUUUCACUUAAUGUUGUCUGCUAAUGUGCAUGGCAUGUUAAAUACCUUACUAAUAAAUUUGAUACUGCACGCAGGCGGUCAAAUAGAUAUUCUUUGUAAGUGGUUGACGGAAAUGUUUCCAACGGAAGAAAAGUUAUCCGAGAAAAGAAGUUUAAAUCCCUUGAUGAUACAGAAAGUAAUCAAGAAACAUCAUCAACAAGUCAUCAUCUUUUCAGAGAAGAUCGAAGAAAUGUACACAAAUAUCGCGCUGGUGCUGUUCGUGUCGGAUACUUUAAUUAUCUGUUGUUUGGGUUAUACACUCGUCAUGUCAGUUGGAACGCCUGAUGGUAUAAAAAUUAUAAUGAGAAUAAUUUUAUUUUACGUCGUUUCAAAUAUGGAGGCGUUUACGUUUUGUUUCGCUGGAGAAUAUCUAACUAAUAAGACCAGCAGCAUCGGAGAUGCUGUGUAUAAUUCUUGCUGGUACGAAGCAAAUUCUAAAGACAGUCGGUUUAUUGUGUUUAUGAUAAUGAGAUCACAGAAGCAAUUAACUAUUACAAUUGGGAAAGUGUUGGAUUUGUCCAUGGAACGGUUCUGUAGUAUUAUAAAAGCUUCAGCCUCGUACAUAUCGGUUUUGACUGCAAUGUAUUGA